AUGACGCCCGAAGAGUACGACGCACUCACCCCAGAGCAGCGCACCGCCCACGACGCCCAGGAAAAGGCAAGGGAAGACGCCGAGCAGGCCGCCCUCCCCUACAAGUGGUCCCAGGAGCUCGAUCACGUCGAAGUCGCUGUCCCCGUGCCCCAGGGUACAAAGGGCAGGGACCUCAUCGUCGACCUCCGCAAGAAAAAGAUAAAGGUCGGCCUCAAGGGCAAGGACGCCAUCCUUGAGGGCGAGCUGGCACGCGAGAUCAAGGAAGAGGACAGCACCUGGACCAUCGAGGACUCGUCGCUUGUACAGAUCCACCUCGAGAAACUCAACAAAAACGAGUGGUGGCCCCACGUCGUCACACACCACCCCAAAAUCGACACGACCAAAAUCGUACCCACAAACUCCAAGCUCAGCGACCUCGACGGAGAGACGAGGGCCAUGGUCGAAAAAAUGAUGUUCGACAACCGACAAAAGGCCCUCGGCAAGCCCACCUCGGACCAGCUCCAGCAGCAGGAGCUCCUCGCCAAGCUCCAGUCGGCCAACCCGGACGUCGACUUUUCCAACGCCAAAAUGUCCUAA